AUGGGCGGGGACGAGAGCUGUGACGACGACUUCCAGCCAACCCUGAUUCUUGGCAACGACACCCAGCAGGAGGCGCACAGCGAUGGCGGCGGCGGCGGCGGCGGCGAUUGCGUUGUCGAUGCCCGGGGCGAUGGCGUCGAGAAGGCGCUGUCCGAUGCCACCACUGUGGAUGACGAAGAAGCUGGAGCUGGAGGCGUCCAGGACACGGCCUCGUCCAAGAUUCAGGAGCACGACGAUGAAGUCCAACCGACCCUGAUUCUUGGGACGCAGCUGCUGGAGAGUCCCCAGUACGAGAGCACCCAAAUUUUUGGCAUGGAGCACGCAGGGCUGGAAAAUCCGGUGGAAGAGAAAAAAGCAAAGAGCUUGGCGUCGAUACGUGUGCAGUCGCUGCGUGGAUCAGCCAUGGCGGCUUACGAGAGGUUGGUAUCCAAGCUAGAGCUAGAGAAGGAUCCACAGGAAAAAGUUGAAGUGGACGAUUCGGCCAAGUUUGUCUUGCAAUGGGGUAUUAAGCAGGCCAAGACUUCCACGAUUGCUUUCGACGUCUUCAAGCCAGCGCCAUCGCUUGUGGAAGAGAAUCUGGUGACUUCGAACGGUGGAGCCAGUUGCUCAGCGUCAACUCCCGUCUCUCAAACUCUCAAGAACAUCAGCCUUGUCCCGGCAUUGUGCUCGAACAACAAGAAGUCGACAGAGAACCGGGACAAAAAGUCGGACUCGGCUAGUCCUCAGCAGGAGAAUUCUCUGGACAAAAUUCGAAAGGUCUUGUUCGAUGGGAAGAGUGUUCCAGGCGAAGAUCACCGUCACCCUGCGCAACCUCUGAGUGCGAUCGUAGCUCCCGUGAGGGAGCUCAGCUAUCUUAAUUCUCAGGAUCCGGGAGAGGAGUCGCAGGCCAUUGCUCUUGAGGCGCUGGAACGGUUGGUGUCCACAAACGGCGAUUUCUCUCAAGAGGCUCAACUCGGUGACUUUGACGUGGAAAACAAGAAGAUGAACGUGCUCGCCUCUCGCAUCGUACAGCUCCAGCGGGACGACCCUUCUUCAGUAUAUGAUUUCGUAACGAGCCAGGAGGAUCCGCUCAUGAAAGCCGGGGUGCUAGCAGCAGAAGGUGACCAGCCAGCGCAGGUUUUGGAUGAAGAAAAAGUCUCUGAGGCGCUUGAAGAACAGGGUAAAACGCCUCUUUCGGUGGCGACGGGAAGUAAGCCGAGCACGAACAAACGGAAAACCGCGCCUCCACGCAGUACCGCUAGAGCACCGCAAGUAGAUCCACAGACUCCUAAAAGCACGAGUAACGAUGCCGUUUCUGCUGAAGCUGUAACGAAGGGCAGCAAGUCGACGGCUAGGAAGCGAAAAAGUGAGGCGGAGAAGCUGAUCAUAGCCGACGACACACCGAGAAGGAGCAGACGACGGCCAGUUAAAGUUCUGUUUAGUCACUCCCUCGGCAAGGAUACGAUCGAGGAGCAGAAGAAAGUGCUGAAGAAGCUCAAGUUCCAGGUCGUGGAAAAAGCUGCGGAAUGCACACACUUCAUCACGGACAGGUUCUUGAGAACAGCCAAUAUGCUGGAAGUCCUGGCUGCGGGAAAGCCCGUUGUGGAUUUGGCGUGGAUAGAGAGCUGCAGCGUGGCAGGGUGCGCGGUGGACGAGAAGAAAUUCAUCGUGGAUGACUCUAAGAAGGAGAAGGAGCUCGGGUUUUCUAUGCAUUCAACGUAUAUUUCUGCUCAGCAAAGGCUACUGUUGGAGGGAAUCCCAGUGCACAUAACUCCAAAUACGAAGCCACUGGACAUGGUGGAGUCCGUUGUAAAAGCUGCGGGAGGAAAGAUUGUCAAGAAGAACGAAGCCACUGGGGGUUGUCUAGUGAUCUCUUGCGAGGAGGAUCGAAAGUAUUGCUUACCACUUAUCAAGAAGGGGAUUAAGAUUUAUUCGACGGAGUUCCUGUUCAGCGGCGUGGUGAGCUAUCACCUCGAUUACUCGAAAAACCUCUUGUUUGCUGCUUAGCACGUCCUUGCAAGUGUACAGACGCGGUGCGAAGUUUUGGAAUGAGUUUGAAGUUUUUUCAAAAUGUCUAGGGGAGCUCGCUCGAGAGUAUUUGUUCAUUCACGCCAACGAUUACUAGAGCUACGAGAACUGGAGCGAGCAAACGUUAUCUGCAAAGCGUUGAUACUCCAAAGCUAACGCUGGAGAAAACCACUAGGGGCAUAUAAGGAACUCUUCACUUGGUGCCACUCGAUUGCAUAUCC